AUGAAGGCCAUCAGAGGAAUGGUUAGCGGUGCUAUGAGCGAACUUUCCUCUGCUGUCAGUGGGACGAAAACAGCGGCUGAUAGAGAGCAUGCUCUCGCCGUUUGUCGUGACUAUAUUUCUCAGCCGAGACUGACGUAUAAGACUGUGUCCGGUGUGAAUGGCCCGCUGGUUAUUUUGGAUCAAGUAAAGUUUCCCAGAUAUGCUGAGAUUGUUCAUCUCACUCUCCCUGAUGGCACCAAGAGGAGCGGGCAAGUCCUGGAGGUCACGGGGUCAAAAGCUGUCGUCCAGGUCUUUGAGGGCACGUCUGGUAUCGAUGCCAAAAAGACCAGCUGUGAGUUCACAGGAGACAUUCUACGAACGCCGGUGUCAGAGGACAUGCUGGGUCGUGUCUUUAACGGAUCGGGGAAGCCUAUCGACCGUGGCCCUGCUGUUUUGGCUGAAGAGUAUUUAGAUAUCAUGGGUCAGCCAAUCAACCCGCAGUGUCGUAUCUACCCCGAGGAGAUGAUCCAGACGGGCAUCUCCGCCAUCGACGGCAUGAACAGCAUCGCCAGAGGACAGAAAAUCCCCAUCUUCUCCGCCGCUGGCUUACCACACAAUGAGAUUGCAGCCCAGAUCUGUCGUCAGGCCGGGCUGGUUAAGAAAUCCAAAGAUGUAAUGGACUACAGCGAGGACAACUUCGCCAUAGUGUUUGCAGCCAUGGGGGUCAACAUGGAGACUGCACGAUUUUUCAAGUCGGACUUUGAGGAAAACGGGUCCAUGGACAACGUGUGUCUCUUCCUGAAUUUGGCCAAUGAUCCAACAAUCGAACGGAUCAUCACGCCACGCCUGGCGUUGACGGCUGCGGAGUUCCUGGCCUAUCAGUGUGAGAAACACGUUCUGGUCAUUCUCACCGACAUGAGCUCCUACGCCGAGGCCCUGCGAGAGGUUUCGGCGGCGAGAGAGGAGGUGCCCGGCAGACGUGGUUUCCCCGGAUACAUGUACACGGAUCUGGCCACCAUCUAUGAACGCGCCGGGCGUGUGGAGGGUCGCAAUGGCUCCAUCACUCAGAUCCCUAUUCUGACCAUGCCCAACGACGACAUCACCCACCCAAUACCUGAUCUGACGGGGUACAUCACUGAAGGCCAGAUCUACGUGGACAGGCAGCUCCAUAACAGACAGAUCUACCCCCCCAUUAAUGUCCUUCCCUCGCUGUCUCGACUGAUGAAGUCAGCCAUCGGGGAGGGGAUGACGCGCCGAGAUCACUCCGACGUGUCCAAUCAGCUGUACGCUUGCUACGCCAUCGGUAAGGAUGUGCAGGCGAUGAAGGCUGUGGUUGGAGAGGAGGCCUUGACUGCUGAUGACCUGCUGUAUCUAGAGUUCCUGCAGAAGUUUGAGAAGAACUUCAUCUCUCAGGGUGCGUAUGAAAACAGGACUGUGUUUGAGACUCUGGAUAUCGGCUGGCAGCUCCUGAGAAUCUUCCCCAAGGAGAUGCUGAAGAGGAUUCCUCAGAGUACGCUGGCCGAAUUCUACCCUCGAGAUUCCAAACACUAG